AUGCUCGUAGCAAAGCCAGCAGGCAUGUUUGCAGGCGGACUGAUUUUCUCCGACAAAUUUAUACAAAUCGCAACUAAACUGCCCUCAGAAGCAAUGUUCGGAUGGGGAGAAAAUGUUCAUCCAACGCUAAAGCAUAACUUCAAUCGGUACACUACAUGGGCAAUGUUCGCAAGGGAUGAACCACCAAGUUCGAACCAUAUUGAAACGAAAAACCUUUACGGGGUUCAUCCGUUCUACAUGGUGCUGGAGCCAGGCGGCAAAGCUCAUGGAGUGCUGAUCCUCAAUAGCAAUGCACAGGAAAUAACGACUGCACCAGGGCCUACACUUAUCUACCGGACCAUCGGAGGCAUUCUCGAUCUAUAUUUCUUCCCAGGUCCCACUCCGAGGGAAGUAACGGAACAAUACCUUGCAUUAGUCGGGAGGCCUUGUUUGCCAGCUUAUUGGGGACUGGGCUACCAAAUAUCUCGUUAUGGCUAUAAGGAUUUAGAAGAGAUGAAGAGCAUAAUAGAACGAAAUGUUGCAGCAGGAAUUCCUUUGGAUACAGUAGUGGUAGACAUCGAUUACAUGGAGAGAUACAAAGAUUUCACCAUUGGCGAGGUUUGCUUUUAUUAUUGA